AGGGAGGAUGUGGCGUGAUGUCACCUACAGGGCGGAGCUUGGGUUGCACGCGCAUGCGCAGUGUCGCGUGUCACAGCUGAUCCCUGCUGUUGCUUCUGAUCUGGCGUUGACUGGGCUUCAGGUUCGCCAUCUACAGAAAUUGCGCCCUUGACCCCCGAGCCGCCCGGAAACGGCUUUGAUAGGGGCGCGGCAGAUAACUGAACUCCAAAAGGACCCCUGUUGGGUCCCCACGGAGAACUGCGAUCCCGGCUCAGUGUGCAUAGAGUCAGGAUGUACCCCCGGCCUGGGUUGUACCCGCACGGACCUCCCUGUUCUGACUCGAGUAGCCCCCAUGGAAAAUGAGGGUCCUGACCAAACAGACCUUACAGAACAUGAGGCCUGGGUUAAGGUCUAUAGAGGAUGGAUCCUAACUUGUGGAGUUCCGUGAAGCGGGAGUGUCCCUUAACCACGGUCUGGGCUGGGGUCCACAAAGAGGAGGGCUCUGACUUGUGGAGCCUCUUAAAUAAAACCAAACAGGACGUGAGGGUUUGAAUUAAGGUUCUCUGUGGGAAGCAGGGUUCUUGUGGGAGACACGGGCUCCUCAGGAAUGAAAGAUGAUAUUAGCUGAGAUCUUCCGAGGGCGUGGGCUUUGAGGGGAAUAGGGAUCCUGAUUGGAUUAGUCCCGCGGAAAAGGGACACGGUUCUAACUAAGUAGAUGUACAAAGACAAGGUUCCCUCUGUGUGCGCUGGAUGCACGGGAUAGAUCCCUUUUGGCUCAGUUGACCAGGUUCUAGCGUCCCUGCAGCCCGGUGCCUUGGGCUCCAGGGUGCUAGGCGUCCCCACCGCCCCUCCUCUCCUGGGGGGCAGGCAGGGGGCGGUGCCUGGCAGUGAGCUAGGUUCAUUGGCGAGGGAGCAGUCGCCGGGCAGCGGGGCGCGGGACGCACGGGGCCGCGGAGGCGCCCUCCAUCGCCAUGGACCUGAUAUCAUCGCUGAGCCUGGGCGAGCUAGCGCUCAGCUUCUCGCGGGUGCCGCUCUUCCCUGUCUUCGACCUCAGCUACUUCAUCGUCUCCAUCAUCUACCUGAAGUAUGAGCCAGGGUCUGUGGAGCUGUCCCGGCGUCACCCGGUGGCAUCCUGGCUGUGCGCCAUGCUGCACUGUUUUGGGAGUUACAUCCUGGCCGACCUGCUUCUUGGGGAGCCCAUCAUUGACUACUUCAGCAACAGCUCCAGUAUUCUGCUGGCCUCCGGAGUGUGGUACUUGAUUUUCUUCUGUCCCUUGGACCUCUUCUACAAGUGCGUCUGCUUUCUGCCUGUGAAACUCAUCUUUGUGGCUAUGAAGGAGGUGGUGAGGGUCCGAAAGAUUGCUGUGGGUAUCCAUCACGCACACCACCACUACCACCAUGGGUGGUUCAUCAUGAUCGCCACCGGAUGGGUCAAAGGCUCUGGCGUUGCCCUCCUGUCCAACUUGGAGCAGCUGCUUCGAGGCGUCUGGAAGCCAGAGACCAAUGAGAUCCUACACAUGUCCUUCCCCACUAAGGCCAGUCUGUAUGGAGCCGUCCUGUUCACCUUGCAACAGACCCGCUGGCUCCCGGUGUCCAAGGCCAGCCUCAUCUUCGUCUUCACCAUGUUUAUGGUGUCGUGUAAGGUGUUCCUGACAGCCACUCACUCCCACAGCUCUCCAUUUGAUGUCCUGGAGGGUUACAUCUGCCCAGUGCUGUUUGGGGCAACUUGGGGAGGCGACCAUCACCACGACAACCAUGGAGCACCACAUGGCAUGGGGCUAGGCACCCAGCACUCUGGCUUGCCUGCUAAGGCCAAGGAAGAGCUGAGCGAAGGCUUCAGGAAGAAGAAGACCAAGAAAGCGGAUUAGGGUUGGCCCAGGGGUCCACUGGGUGCUUGGGAGAAGGAUAUGAACUCAGAGAAACUCAGAACUUAGGGCAUUCAGGGCUCGGAAACCCCCCUUCCCCCACCAGCCUCACCUUCCCCAACUACAAUUUGGAGCCAUCAGCAACCCCAGGGCUGAUGUGGGGUUAAAUUAAUGUGGAGGAGUUCGGUAGGAGUGGACAACCCUGCCUUCUGCCAGACUCCUCAUCAGGUCACAGGCUUUGGGGGAUACACAGUCCAGGCCUACAGGCUGGUAGGUUCUUGGUUUUCAUUCUGCGUUCUAAUUAUAUCUUGAAACCAAAACAAUUUAAAGUCCCGUGGAGACUCAAUUAUCCAAGUUCCUCCUGAGAGCCAGGAGCUGGGGUCCUGCGUCCUUUCCCACCCUCCCUAGAAUUUUAUGACUCUUGCUGGGCAUCUUCAGGCAAAUGGCCUCCCUUCUCUGAGCCUUCUGUUUCCGUUCUGUAGCACCAAGCCCCCAGGUCCUCCUGUCCGCAGGAGGUCUUUACAAUGUCAAACAGUUUAACAGUGCUAUUACGGAGGAGACUGGAGCUGGCAUGAAGGGCAGUGGCAGACUGCUUUGUAUGUCAGGCCGUUUGUGUUGGAACCCAGGUCAUCUCACUAGAUACUCAGCUGAGUAGACUCAUCUAGGGCUGUCUGUUAACGGGUGUUGGGAGUGGGGUGUGUUGUUGAGUUCCCAGCUGCCCACAGGCAAAAGAAGUGUGUGUGCCGGGCAGAGGGUCCAAGAGCCAACAGCCUUGAGUGCUCACAAUUGGGCCCCGGGUGUAUCAGGUGUCCCUCGUGUCCGAUCAGCAUAGUUCACUCAGUCAUUCAACAAACACACAGAUCCACACAUGCUCCCUGUACAGUGUUGUGCGGCUCGGAGGAGCAGUGAGCCUUGUACAGGGCAAGGGCCAUGGUCACCAAAGUCUCCAGGACGUCUGAGAGAGGUGAUCAUGGGGUGCUGCUGGUCUCAGGCUUCUGUGAGGCUCAGAUCUAGUUGGAGUACCCAGUGUUGCCCAUUUGUUGAGAAAAUGCUCCUCACAAGUUUUCCUGGAGGUAGGUCCUGAGGCUGGAAGCUCCCGGGUUUCAUCCCCUUGGUGUCAAUCAAAGCUCUGUGUGAGUGAUCAGCCAAUAAAUCUGGUGCGAGUGAAUCAA